AUGUUACCACAUAGAAAAAUAAAAUAUUUGAUUAACUGUAAACAAUACUCCAAAAUACUAAUUCAAGCAUAUAAAAUAGUAAUCUUAGUCAUUUACAACAAAAUAACGACAUUUAAAUUUAAAAUAUGGUAGACUCUUUUAAAAUUUUAAACUCAAGUGUUAGUUUGUAAAGUAAUAACUCUUACGAAGAUUUUUAGUCAUAUGAUAAAAUAUCAAGUUAGAUUGGAAAUCUGCUUAAUAAUAUUAGCUUACCAAACUAAGGGCAAAUUAUUCUAAAUGGUGACUUGUCCACUCUUUUGUCAGAUAAAGUAACAUAGAAAAACCUAUUCAAAUAUGUCCUAAGUACAGUUGAUUACAAUUCUGAAAAUUAAACAAGCAUAUUUAGUAUUUCAAGAAAUAAUUAUAAGUAAAAUAUUUAUGAAAAUACUUCCGAUUUUUAGGCAUACACAUAGCAAUUCAAAAAUAUUAGUUAAAACUUCACUUACUCUAAGAAUGAAGUAAUAUCACCAUAGAUUUAUAAUUCAUCUUCUUAAACAACCUUAAAUCAGUCUACUAUUUUUUACUAGUUUGAUAAUACAAAUUCUAGUAAUUUAUAUAAUAUGA